AUGAAUACUAUGGGCUCCGGACAAGGUGACUUCGUCUACAUCCCCGAGAGAACAUAUUUCAUUUGGCGAUACGAAGUGGCAAUAAAUCAGGUGGACACGGCUGCUGGAAUUGGGCUAUCCGUUAGCGGCUUCUUGCUCUCCCUCUCAUGCAUUGCAGCCGGCAGAAGUGAAUGGUACAGAUACUAUCCAUCAAAGUUGCACACAAGUCAUGGAGGGAAGGGGGGAAAUAGGUGGACAAACACGGUCUGA